AUUGAUACAUCCAUUAUUUAGGUACCCGCUAUUCAAUCACAACAUCAGCGAAUAAACCACUGGUAUUCAUUUUUACAGUUAAUCAAAACUUGUAUCAACCUACCUUUGUUUUUGUAAGCACUUAAGACAACACAAAAACACAACACGAAGGGCUACAAAGCUGCCAUUUUUAUUGGCGGAAGUAAAUACUGAAAACAGAGACGUACAAGCAGAAAAAAUCGGUCCCCGCGACGUAAUGGCUAGAAAGGUCCUGCCAUCUAGCGAACAUCGGCUGAACGUCAGCUACAUGGUCUAAAAUAUAAAUGUUCUUCGUUUGCAAGUGUUUCUUGAGAAGAAAUCACGGUACCCAAAACCAAAGAGACUACAAAAGAUAAAGUACAUUAAAAAAAGUAGUUAAACUUCAUUUUCCUCGUACUUUCUUUAUUACAUCACAACCCUUCUAUUGCGUCACUACAGAAUUACAUGGCUCAGUCAUUGUGACAGCUAACACGCUUUUUUGUUGAGAUCAAAUCAAUCAAUUAACCAUUUUAACGGAAAGUGACCUUCAACCGAAUGAGGUGUCACAUGCAAUGACAGACUCUGGUGCUGGAUCAUCAUUGAUGACCCUGAGAGGCAUUCUGAAGAAUUCUCAUCCAUCUGAUGAACCAGAGCUUUUAGUUCACAAUCCCGACUGCCCCCUGAGCUGCCAGUCCCUGUCCCAGCUGCAGUGCCACCUCAGCCUUGGUUCCAACUCAGCAUCACUAUCCAACCCAAGCAUGCCCCUCAAAGGCAUCCUCAGGACCAGCAUCAGCUCUGGGGUGACGGAAACACAGAAAGAUUGUAACAGUUCUAAAUUUCGGAAGAGACAGAGAUGGGACGAGGGCAACAUCCUAGCCACUAGCUGUCACUCCUGGCUGAUGCCUGUGUCAGGGAGUAAGGAUGUCAAACCUGGGCCUCAUCUGUGUAGUGUCACCAUGUUGGAUGGAGGUGCAGGCACCAGUACAUCAGGAGAACAGAUAUGUCUGUGUAUGAGUAAGAGGAAGAAGAGCCAGAGCUGGAAUGAGAUGAGUAUUAUGGCUACUCAGCCUCCCUUCACAGACAACCCUUGGAUGAAGGCAGAUGAUGGGUUCACUGCCUCUGUGGCAUGGCAGUCCCUGUCCCUCAGGGACGAUGCAGGACCCAGCCACAGCACUACCAGCACCUCUUACAGCCAGCCUCCGUGGUCUCCUCUGAAGCCUGGGAAGAAUUCAUCGGCCUCAAAUCAGUAUCCAAACCGAAACCAAUUAGAUCAACCUAAGGACACCUCACAACACGGGAUGAUGGGCCCGUCAAAGCAGGCAACAGAGGCAAAGUCUUUGGCCACAGAGGAGAGUGCAGACAUAGAUCUCUACAUGAGACCCAGCUUUGAGCAGCUGAGGAAAGCCCACUUCAGAGAAGACAAAGAGGUGCUCCUGGCUCGGAGAUCCAUAGUCGAAGAUGACGAUGAGGAUGACGAUACGGAGAAUGCGGAUUACAUCGUCCCCAAGCUAAACUAUUGCAGCUUCACCGCCAGUGGUGGGGGAUACGCAGCACCGAUGAGCAAGCGGACACAGACAGUAGAUAUGGCGAAGAAGAAGACAACUCCCUCGGAUAAGUGAUGAGUGGGUGUCUGUGUCUUGGCCACUGUCUCUGCGCCAUCACCAUCACCAUGCUUAUGUUUCACCCCACCUGUAUGAGUCAAGGUGUACAGUACCGAUGUGUUACUACAUCAAUAGACUUGUAAUAAAUGCACACCUCAAAACGUUA